AUGGCAAGGGCUAGAAGAGGUGUUCUUUUACAAUGUGAUCCAUCUAUCAAAGCGUUGAUUACUCAGAUCGAUGCAAAGCGUAGUGAUGUAAUACUAGAAGAAUUGGAUGACACCCAUUUAUUGGUAGACCCAACAAAGGUAGACUUUGUCAAGCACGAGCUGAACAGACUAUUGUCGAAGAAUAUAUAUAAUCCAAUAGAUGAGGAAGAAGCUCAAUGA